AUGUUUCGGCGGUCUCUUGUUCGGCUGCAGGACCUGUCUUUCAAAUAUGUCCGUUCCUUGGAAGCUGGCCCGCAGGGUCGCCACACGUCACUGAGAACCACCGAUCGAUCGAUUCCCGUGGCGACGACCAAAUCCGUUCCUCAUGCGGCUCGCAACUCUCUGGGGUUUGCAUCCAAGCGUGCUGCCCAUCCUAUAGUCCAAUUGUCGCGGCUGGGUAUUCCUUACUAUCGCCCUUACUCGCAAAAUCGCUCAAACAUUGGUCAAGAAACGAGUUAUCAGGGUCCCGGCGACAUGGCCAACGCAGAUGACAUCAAGUCUGGAGAGAAGCCAGUGGAUAUUCUCAAUGAGGACAUACCCUCAGCGGAACGCAUGGCUUCUCUCGAUCCAGAAUCAGAUGUAGAGGUUCCGCUUGAGGCGGACGAGCUGAAGGAGGCCCUUGGGCGUCCGCCUCCGGUGCACAGCAGCUACCUUCCUCUUCCCUGGAAAGGCCGGCUGGGAUAUGCCUGUCUAAAUACAUACCUCCGGUAUUCCACCCCUCCCGUCUUCUGCUCCCGCACCUGUCGCAUUGCUUCGAUCCUGGAAAACAGGCACCCCCUUCAAGACCCCGAUCAACCUGCACAUCCGGUCAAGAACCGACCGGACCGCAAUAAGCCCGCCGAUGUUGCGCGCGGACAAGCCUUCGUCGAAGGACUCGGCCUAGCGAAUGCGCGGGACCUAGUGAAGAUCAUUCGCUGGAAUGAUAAAUACGGUAUCAAGUUCAUGCGGCUCAGCAGUGAAAUGUUUCCAUUUGCAAGCCACAAGGAGUAUGGAUACAAAUUGGCUCCAUUUGCGUCGGAAGUUCUGGCAGACACAGGACGAGUAGUGGCUGAGCUUGGACAUCGUGUGUCAGUUCACCCUGGGCAGUUCACCCAAUUUGGCUCCCCGAGAAGAGAAGUCAUAGAGAGCUCCUACCGCGACCUCGAAUAUCAUUCGGAGAUGCUUCAGUUGCUCAAGCUGCCCCCGCAGCAAGACCGUGAUGCGGUCAUGAUCCUGCACAUGGGUGGGGUCUUUGGCGACAAGGCCGCAACGCUUGAUCGAUUCAGAGAAAACUAUGCUUUGCUAUCCCAGGAUAUAAAAAACCGAUUGGUCCUGGAAAACGAUGAUGUGAGCUGGUCUGUCCACGACCUGUUACCGAUAUGCGAGGAGCUCAGUAUCCCUCUUGUGCUUGAUUACCACCACCACAAUAUCAUCUUCGAUGCCAAUGAGCUUCGGGAAGGCACAGAGGACAUCAUUCCUCUUUAUGAUCGCAUAGCGGCCACAUGGACGCGCAAGAACAUCACGCAGAAGAUGCAUUAUUCCGAGCCAACGGCCGCCGCGAUCACCCCACGGCAACGACGCAAACACAGUGAUCGUGUGGCGACUCUACCUCCAUGUGCUCCCACGAUGGACUUGAUGAUCGAGGCCAAGGACAAAGAGCAAGCCGUGUUUGAGUUGAUGCGAACCUUCAAACUUCCCGGCUACAAUCUUGCUAAUGACCUAUUGCCCUACAUGCGCACUGACGAGAACCAGCCCUUCAAACCGCCGAAAAGGUCGAAGAAGAACGGGGGAUUUGUGGACCUUGAAGGCUCCAUACCUCCGCCGCGUAUCAUCCCCGACGAAGAAGUUGGCAUGGGCGGCCCCGAUGGCAGAGUCUACUGGCCUCGGGGAAUGGAAGAAUGGCUCCGGCCGGCCAAGAAGGUCGUGAAACCGAAAGCUACGCCGAGUCCAAGAAAGGCCAGUUCUAAAAAGGUCAAGGCAGAGUGUGUCGCCGAUGAUAUCCCCCUAGACCCCGCCGUCGCGGAAGAGACAUCAGGGAACAAGGUAGCCAAGACCAAGCGUACGCCCCCAGCCAGCAAAUCUCGCGGUAAGCGAAAGGCCGCGGACAUUGAGUCAACGCCAGAGCCCGAGGAGGGCACAGAAGCGAAUACUUCAACUCUCACAUCGCCCUCUCGGCGAACUUCUCGCGCCAAGAAAAUCCCUCCACCCGAGACACUGGCGCCUAAACCUCAUUUCCGCUGGCCCACCCUCCGGUCGAGGUCCCUCUUCCGGCGCCCGCCUACCACGCUUUUCCCCCCCUUCCCACGCGAGCCUCGACCUGGCAAACUCGCCCGUGUACUUCGCCUACUGAUCGGCCCGCUCGCAACUAGACGAGCCCACUCCCGUCUUUGGGGUAUCCGACACGAAACCCUCCCCGCAAUCCGCCAUCGGGCCCAAUCGCGGGUCUACCGGGCGCUCGUCCAGCGACAGGCGCGACUCGCUGCGCGCGAUACGAGACUUGGAGGUCGCCUUCUUACUUAUCUGCUAGGGCAAAAGCGACGCCCUAGGACGUGGAAGACUACUGCAGGAACUGGUAGUCCGACAACUACACACCCGAAGUCGAUCCGAGAGCCCCGCCGCGGACCGCACGAUUCAAUGGCGCAAUCCGGGCUAUCAUCGACAUGGGGACCGGGCAGCGGCGAUGGCGCUGCUGCCCCUGGUAGCCGUCGCAAGAAGGUCUAUGAAUAUUUUAAAGCCGCCAACGAGCUUCGCCAAUCCUAUACCUCCCAAUGGGCUGGUCAGAGGAACGAACAUGAUGAAGACUACUACAACACUCCCGGUGCCUUUCCCGAUGUUGAGAUCGCACGGUCCGGCGACGAGGAGAUGGUCCUCUUUCCCAGCUAUGCGAGAAAAUUAUCCAAGAACAAAAAGACCGACGAACCACGCCCGCGACGUGAUUCAUGGUCCGAAACUAUUGACGAAUACCGUGGGGCCGCAGCAGCAGAGGAAGACGAUAUGCCGGCACCUUCGUGGGACGAGACGGAGGCCGAGGAUUCGGUCGUCGCCGUCGACGUGCGUGGCUGGAUCUACGCACCUGGUCGAGGCCCCCUGAGCCGAAAGCACAGAUUGAUGAUCGCCUUGGCUAGGAAGCUGAGCGGAAUCUCUGCGCCCACCGGAUCCCCGAAUGACGACAUUGACGAAAAGACCCCGGGCAAAGGAGAAGAUGAAUAUGUUGACAAGCAGAUGCAGUCGCUUGUUGAAUCGGCCGUCAAGGACGCAGACCCAGCCUGGAAGAGCUCGAAUGUGGACCGUUCACAACAACCUGCGGCUGCUUUGAGCAAGGACGAGCUGACUGUUGCGAACGCACACCUUAUGGAAAGACUUCGUCCGUUCCUGACAAACCCCGUGGCUAGUAUGCCGGUCACCGUGUUCUUCUUUGAUGAAAACGAGAGCAAAUCCCGGAACAUCACAACGGAUGAGUCUGGGCAUUUCACUCUUCGUGCUGCAUUGCCAUUUGUCCCCACGCAUAUCCGUGUCCUGGCAUCGGAAGACCUGUCUGCUGCUCGGCCCAUACAAAUCAUUGAGCCGACCGGAAUUAGUCUGAUCAGUGACAUUGACGACACUGUCAAACACUCCGCCAUUGCUGGCGGUGCCAAAGAGAUGUUCCGCAACACCUUCAUCCGUGAACUGGAUGAACUCAAGGUCGAAGGAGUCAGCCAGUGGUAUGAAAGUCUUGCCAAGCAAGGCGUGCAGAUUCACUACGUCUCAAAUGCGCCCUGGCAGCUCUAUCCUCUCCUCGAACGCUAUUUCAAGAUGGUCGGCUUGCCUCCAGGAUCUUUCCAUCUGAAGCACUAUUCAGGUAUGCUGCAAGGCAUCUUCGAGCCCACGGCAGAGCGAAAGCGAGGUUCUCUGGAGCAAAUCUUGCGUGACUUCCCCGAGCGCAAAUUCAUCCUGGUUGGUGACAGCGGUGAAGCUGAUCUUGAGGUGUACACCGAGAUUGUCCUCGCCAACCCCGGCCGGAUCCUGGGAAUCUUCAUCCGCGAUGUCACGACUCCACACAGCAAGCCGUUCUUCGACAAAUCGGUCAGUCAGUUUAGCCAGUCCAACCGCAGCCGAAGCUCGCCCGAUAUCAAGGAUCGCUCAGAUGCGAUAUCCAACAGGCCCCAACUACCUCCUAGAAGUGGCACUACUAUUGCUUCGCCCCCAGUGCACCCCGAACAAGAUCCACAGGACCUGGAACUUGAGGACCUGAUUGAUCUGACGGAUCUCAUCAUUGACGACAAACCACCUCCGUCCGGGCUUACGCACCCAAGCACCCCACGACCACCCCCAGUAAAGCCUAUCAAGCCAUCUGCACUACGCAUGGUUUCUACUCCAGCCGAUCUGGCCAAGGCCUCCAAGCCGUCUUCUCUGCGCCAGGUCGCUACCCCCUCCGAUGCGACGGAGAGUGAAUCCAACCCGCCUCCCCAGGAGGCCCCGAAGCGCAAGGCAGUGCCUCCUGUGCCGCCUAAGCGUGGCUCAGCAUCCAAGGCAGAGUCGGAUCCAUCGCCGGGAAUUUCCAAAAGCAGCACCGCGCCAUUGGGCAACGACGUUCCCUCUUCAUGGCUCAAGGGUCUCGAUAAGGACAAUAGCCAAACACAAGCCGCUCGCGCUAAGCCCCCACCACCUCAUCCACCGCCCCGUCGAACAAACACAGGAUCAUCCAUUGCCAGUGUAGAUGGUUCAUCCACCCCACCGAGUGGAUCAACCACUCCUAACCCUGCGCCUGCAAGUGGAUUACAGUCAUAUCCUGCCGCCGCCGCCCAGGCAGCCUACCAGGGGUUCCAGUAUGCAAGCGACCGCCUCAACUUCUCCGGAUCCCCCGUCGGUGGAGCUCGGCAAUCGUCCAACGACUCAGGUGUUCCACCUGCACCGCUUCCCAACAAGCGUGAGGAGCUCUGGCGGCGCCGCUGGGAGCGCGCCACGGAGGUCCUGGAGCAGCACGGGGUCGUGCUAGGCAGUUGGCGGGUCGGCAGCGAUGCCGAGCCUGUCUGUGAGUGGCUCAUUGAUGAGGCAAUCGAAGACAUGAAAUCCAAUCGCUCGAAGAGUGGUCAGUGA